GGAGGCCCCACGUGUUCCGACCCGCUGGGCCCCGCGCGACUCGGAUCCCGCUCCGCUCUUUCGGCCGGGAGUGGGUGGAGGAGCACCGGGCAGGGGAGGAGCCGCGGGAGCCGCGGGAGACGUCCCUUGGGAGGAACCCCGUGAGGUACCCAGUCUGAAAUGUGUUAAUGCCAGUGUGAGGCUUAAAUGGUGUAAUAGCACCCAAUAGCCAGGAAAUGGCCACAGCCUUGGAACCAGAGGACCAAGAUCUUUGGGAGGAAGAAGGAGUCAUGAUGGUGAAACUGGAGGAUGAUUUCACCUGUGGACCAGAGUCUGCCUUACAGGGAGAUGAUCCUGUGCUGGAGACCUCUCACCAGAACUUCCGGUGCUUUCGCUACCAGGAAGCAUCUAGCCCUCGAGAAGCUCUCAUCAGACUUCGAGAGCUUUGUCAUCAGUGGCUGAGGCCAGAGAGGAGAACAAAAGAGCAGAUCCUCGAGCUGCUCGUGCUGGAGCAGUUCCUCACUGUCCUGCCUGGAGAACUGCAGAGCUGGGUGCGAGGCCAGCGACCAGAGAGUGGCGAGGAGGCAGUGACACUGGUGGAGGGUUUGCAGAAACAACCCAGGAGACCAAGGCGGUGGGUAACCGUCCAUGUUCAGGGCCAGGAAGUUCUGUCAGAGGAGACACUACACCUAGGGGUGGAGCCGGAAUCCUUCAGUGAACAACCAGAUCCAACACAGACCUUGACCCAUGAGCAGCCCCAUGAGGAAGCCCUCCAGAGCACAGAUCUGGGGACACCGGAACAGGAGAGCUUGCAGCAUGAAGGGGAGCACCAGCCUCUACAGGAAAGUGAGGUUCCAGUGCCCCAGGACCCAGACCUUCCUGCAGAACAAGGGUCUAGAGACCCAGAGAUGAUAGCUCUUCUCACUGCUCUCUCUCAGGGACUAGUCACAUUCAAGGAUGUGGCUGUGUGCUUCUCACAGGAUCAGUGGAGUGAUCUGGAUCCAACACAAAAAGAAUUCUAUGGAGAAUAUGUCUUGGAAGAAGAUUGUGGAAUUGUGGUCUCUCUGUCAUUUCCAAUUCCCAGGCUAGAUGAUACCUCCCAGAUUAGCGAAGGAGAGCCUCAGGUCCCAGAUGUCCACGAAUCUCAAGAGCCUGCAGAACCAGAAAUCCUGAGUUUUACCUAUACAGGAGACUUGGGCGAAGAUGAGGAAGAAUGCGCUGAGCGAGAAGAUACCCACAGAUCUGUUUUGGCAGACGUAGAAGUUCAUCAGACUCCAGAUUGGGAAAUAGUCUUUGAGGAUAAUACAAGUAGACUUAAUGAAAGAAGAUUUGGUACAAAUAUUUCCCAAGUGAAUAGUUCCACAAAUAGUAGGGAAACUAUUCCUGGCCACUCCCCGGUAGUGAGGCAACAUCACUGCACGCUGUGUGGAAAAAGCUUUACAUGUAAUUCUCAUCUUACUAGGCACUUGAGAACUCACACAGGAGAAAAGCCCUAUAAAUGUAUGGAGUGUGGGAAAAGUUAUACACGGAGCUCACAUCUUGCCAGGCACCAGAAAGUCCAUAAGAUGAACCCUCCUCAUAAACAUCCUCCAAACAGGAAGAAUGCAGAUGGCCCUCUGACCCAGUCUGAGGGAAAUGCCCGUGUGGAGAAACCGCAUAGCUGUGAUGAUUGCGGAAAACAUUUCCGUUGGACUUCAGACCUGGUCAGGCACCAGAGGACACAUACAGGAGAAAAACCAUUUUUCUGUACUGUUUGUGGCAAAAACUUCAGUCAGAAAUCUGUGUUAACAACACACCAAAGAAUCCAUGUUACAGGUAAGCCCUACUCCUGUGGGGACUGUGGAGAGGAUUUCAGUGACCACAAUCAGUAUCUGACACACCGAAAGACACACGGGAGUGAGGAGCUCUAUCUCUGCAGUAAGUGUGGACGCUCCUUCGACCACAGUGCCGCAUUCGCCAAGCACCUGAAAAGCCAUUCUUCAGUGAGGAACUGCCGAUGCGAUGAAUGUGGUAAAAGCUUUAGCAGAAGGGAUCACCUCGUCAGACAUCAACGAACACACACUGGAGAAAAGCCUUUUACCUGUACUACCUGUGGGAAAAGCUUCAGCAGAGGGUAUCAUUUAAUCAGGCACCAGAGAACACACACAAGAAAGACCUAGCUAUGUGCCAUGUGUGGAGACAUUUAUUCAGCCCUCAAAAUUGGGAGGGGAUGGGCUCUGUGGUCAACCUUAGAAGACCUUUUCUGAGGCAUCUCUUUGACCUGCCCAUACCUUAUGUCACCUCUUCCAAGAACCAAACAAAAGCCCUCUCCAGAAUUUCUCGACUUUUCUCAGUUGAGGCUUUUUCACUGGCAUACUCCUGCCUCUACCUCAUGGGUAUGAAGUAGGAGAUUUGGGACUUUAAGAAAUUUUACUUAUUCUAUUUUCAGAAACCUAGGCUGUUCUAUAUCCUGAAGACUACUUUCCAGCCUCAACUUCAAUGUGGUCAAGGAUUAGGUCUCAUAAGGGACUAACCUAAAGGGCUGUGUCCUUAACUGGGCUCAAACCGUAAAGCACACAGCCCUAUACUCAGGACAGGAGGGAGGUCUGUGUCCUGAGAGAUUUGCCACACACUGCUGGGCUAGCUACAGGUUCCUCACUAACUCACCUCUUCACGGUACACUUUCCUUUAUGCUGGAGACGAGGGGGAGAGUGUUAAAAGACAAAUCCUUGAGGCUGCUUCACAAGAGUUUUGGAAGCCGCUCCCUUCACCAUUGUCAGAGUAACACCAAGUGCCAUACACUGCUGCAAAAGCCUUGUGGGGUGCACCGACCCCUGUCUAAAUACUCCUGUCUUUAGCUCCUCUGCUGUUCAGCUACUCUCAGUUUUGUCCCUCACAUGGCUGCUGCAAGAAAGACGUAGUACUGGAGUGCUGAAGAGUUUACUGCAGCAUAAUUAAGUAAUGGGGAAAUCCAUUACAUUCCCACACAAUGGCUAAGCCUAGUUCAUCUGGGUUGUGCGAGGGAGUCUGAAGCAGUCAGCAUAGAAAGGCACUGUAACCAGUGCGGAAUCACAGUUGACGGGGUCACUUCAUUCAUAAGGGAAAGAAGAGAAGAUAUUAACCCACUUUGGAAGGUAUGAAACAGCUGUUGCCACAGACCAAUAGGACUGUUCUGACACCCGGUCCUUGGUACCCCUGCCUCCGUUCUCUCAUGUCAGGGAACAUUAUGAACCCUAGUACUUUGGACCCUGAGAAUUCACCAGAAGUAAAUGGAUUUUUAUGUGUCUGUGGUUAUUUGGGUUUUUUAAUAUAUGUGUUCGUUUUCUUGUAACUGUGAACUAAAAAGUAGUAUCUCCUGGUGUAGCCCAAGGGUCUUUUACCUGUUGAAGGUCCCCUGGAGUGCGAACCUCGCGUGUCUGGCCAUCUGGAAAGGACUGGGGAGAGAUGGAACACGGGUGUGGAAUUAAAGCAUGAGAAGGCAGAUA